AUGCACCUCCCCAGGUCUCUCUUGGUGCGAAACACUGUCCUUAUGAUUUCCAUAUUCUUCAUCUCUGGUACACAACAAUUCAACUAUGUCAAAACACCUUUUUAUAUUUACCCUGGUCUUAAUACAACUAUUGCUGUUCACUUGUUUGGAACAAAUUACCCAGAAGUGAAUGUGACUGCAGAAGUUGUGCAUGAUGACAGAGUUUUAGUAAAUGCCAGCAAAGUAUUUUAUAAUGAUUCUAUUGGACUGCUAACUCUUCCUGCACUUCCAAUGAACACAUCCUCAUCUAUCUAUGAUAUGGUUGUGACAGGAUCAUUUCAAGAUUCCUUGGUUUUUUCCCACAAAUCUUCACUGCAGACACAAACAUUGAAUAUGUGCUUUAUACAAACUGACAAAGAUGUCUAUAAUCCUGGAAAUGCGGUUAAAAUUAGAGUCAUAUCUGUAGAUUAUCAUCUGAGACCAUUCAACGGACAAGUGGACCUUGUAAUAAUGGACCCUAAAAAUAAUCCAGUCCAGAAGUGGUUGAAGUUGGACACUGAUAGAGGAAUUGUAUCAACUGAGUUUUUUCUGUCUGACAAUGCCAUGGCUGGCUUGUGGACAAUACAGACUACAAUAAGUGUAAGUACACCGUCAUUCAACAAUGUCUAUUGUUUCUCACUUUUCAACCAAAUAGAACUAAAUAGGAAUCUUGUGACGAACGCGCAAUUUGAGGUUCUUGGACAGGUUGAGCCCGAAUUCAGUGUUACAUUAAACGUGCCAUCUUUCUACAUUGAAUCAAAGAAGUUGAACCUCACUGGUGCUGUCAGCGCAAGAAGCAUAUUUGGUAAACCGCUAACAGGGAAUGUAACAGUUUACUUGAGCCCAUACUUUGACUAUUUACCCGCCAAAGGCUUUAAUAAAACCUAUAAGAUGAAGUUAGGAUCAGUACAUUUUAGUUUCACAAGUGAAGAAGUUUUAACGUUGUCGAAUAUGAGAGUGAUAAUUAUUACAGCGUUAGUGACUGAAGAACUGACAGGUAUUAUAACAAAGGCAUCAUCAAAUAUACAAAUUGUAAAUUCUGAGUACAGAUUUGCUAUAACCAGAAAACCAAUUACAUUUGAAAAUGAAACGUAUUUCAACACCGAGAUUCAGCUACUUCGAUUGGAUGAUGCACCAUUAGUAAAAGAAGAAAGAGAUAAAAAUAUCACUGUUACAGUUAUUCAAACAAGCGAUGAUAACUAUUUGCCAACGUCAAGCAAUAAUUUAAAAGACAAUGUCAACGUACAUACUUCGCACAGUUUGACUGUACAACAAUACAGAAUUCCAGAGUCUGGGGUCAUUAAUGUCAAAUUUCCACUGAUAGACCAUUUUCCAAUUACAGUGCUUGAGGCCCAAUAUCAAAAUAUUAGUCAGAAAUGGAAAAAGCUGAACAAUCAUAUUGGUGAUCUGUUAAUUCAAUUAACAAUACCAGACUCAAUGAAAACGGUUGGUGAAGCAUUUGAGGUACACGUUAGUUCCUACUUAGUGUUUCAGGAGCUGUACUACGUGGUUAUGGCCAAAGGAAUGAUAGUUUCAACGGGAAGAACAACUAAUACAUCAUUCACCCUAACCCCAGAACACUCCUGGGUUCCCUAUGCAUCAGUCAAUGUUCAUAUUCUUAAUAAUAAUGGCAUUAAUGUUGGUAUAGUGCAUGCUUCCUCUGAUGUUUUUUACAUCAAGGCUGCACCUAUGAAAAAGGUCUCUUUAUUGUGGAAUAAGAACAAAGUGAAGCCAUCUGAAAAUAUUUCUUUAACGGUUACUGUGGCAGAACCUCAGUCUUGGAUGGGACUGUGUGUUGUAGAAAAACAAGACAAUCCUGCAAACAGAAAUGGCUUAACUAUGAAAAGAGUGGAAACAGAACUUACUCGCUACAUUCAGAAUAAAACCAUUUCAGAAUGGAGUUCGUUUUUUAGAGAACCUCGAAUGGGAAUUAGGACUUUGCCGACAUCUUAUCCUGAGACAUGGCUUUGGCUUGACAACAACAACAUCUCGGGUGUCACUACCACUCUUAAAGUGACUGCCCCACAAAAAAACACUACUUGGGUGGCCAGUGGUUUUGCUAUUUCUGAGAGACUUGGACUACAACUUAUAGAGGAACCCAUUCAGCUAGAAGUAAUCCAGUCCUUCUUUAUUUCACUAAAUCUCCCAUACUCUGUAAUCAUGGGUGAACAGUUAGUUCUGGAAGCUACCCUGUUUAAUUAUUUAGCCGAAAACCAAGAGGUCACAGUUACACUGGAAGAUAAUGACUCAUUUGAAAUUAUUGCCCUAAAUUAUGAUGCCAGUACUGUAGCUGGUCAGAGGAAAGUGACCGUUCCCAGUCAGGAUACCAAGAAUGUUCUGUUCCCAGUAAAGCCAAAACAACUGGGUCAGAUCUCAUUUACAGUGAAAGCAACUUCCUCUGCUGCUUCAGAUAGUGUAACCAAGAAUAUAUUUGUAAAGGCUGAAGGAGUGAAGCAGUUCUAUUCUGAGUCGGUAUUAUUUCGAUUGGCCGCCACAGAAAGUUCACCCAAGGCUAUGUCAAAGAAUUUAUCAUUCACCUUUCCUUCAGAUGUUGUACAGGGAAGCAAGGAAGCAUUUGUCACGGCUGUUGGAGAUCUUCUUGGACCAUCUAUAGAAAGUCUUGAAUCUCUGAUCCAGAUGCCAUAUGGCUGUGGGGAGCAGAAUAUGAUUAACUUUGCACCAAACAUCUAUGUUCUUCAAUAUUUAAUGGCGACCAAACAGAUAACGGAGAAUAUUAGAGAGCGGGCCAUAAUCCACAUGUUACUAGGUUAUCAAAAGGAAUUAACAUUUAGGCGAGACGAUGGCUCAUUUAGUGCUUUUGGAAACAAUGAUGCUUCUGGAAGUUCUUGGCUUUCAGCAUUUGUGCUUCGAUGCUUCCUUCAAGCUCGGCCGUUUAUUUACAUAAGCCCAGACAUUUUAACCCAAACCGUAGAAUGGUUGGUUCAGUACCAGGAUAUGAACACUGGUGUAUUCUCAGAACCUGGGCGUGUUAUUCAUUCUGAGCUCCAGGGUGGGUUAAAUGGUCCCAUCACUCUUACUGCCUACAUACUUACCUCACUCAUUGAAGAUGAGGGAUAUAGGAAUCAACAUUCAUCUAGAGUGCUUAAAGCAGUGCAAUACCUUGAGAAUGAGUUUGAUAAAGGAAUUUCCAGUAACUACACCCUGUCGGUAGUAGCGUACGCUCUGUCUUUGGCAAAUAGCACUAAAGCAAAUGCAUCUCUUACUCAGCUCAGUUUGAGAGCAAACAACAUUGGAGGGCUGAAGUAUUGGUCUUCUCCUGCUGAACAUAAUGGGCAAACUAGCUCAUCAGAUAUCGAGACAGCAGCGUAUGCAUUACUGUCCCAUCAUAGACAGAAUCGUAUUUCUGAGGGAAUCCCUAUCAUGAGGUGGCUGAGUCAGCAGAGGACUAGUUUUGGGGGAUAUUAUUCUACCCAGGAUACAAUAGUGGCUCUGCAGGCUUUAUCGCAGUUUAUGGUUGCGGUACAAACGAUGGAAACUUCUUUAACCAUAACAAUUACCGGUCCAGGUUCAUUUGUGCCAAAAACAUUUCAGAUCAACAGUGGAAAUAUUCUGCUUUUACAAAGUCAGCAGAUUGCGGUUUCCCAACCACUAACAAUCAAUGUUACUGCAGCUGGAAGAGGACUAGUGAUUUUCCAGCUCAAUGUCAAUUAUAACCAGAGAGUAUCAUCCGCACGUAAGAGAAGAGCGCUUAGCUCAGAAGCAUUCAAGUUAGAUGUAAUAGUUAAUGAAGACAAAAACAACAUUUAUCGACUCUAUGUGAAUAUAUGCACAAGCUACCAAGGCCUUGGGAAUGAAAGCGGAAUGGCACUGUUGGAUUUUGGAUUUCUUAGUGGAUUCACAUUGGACCCAGCAGGAAUUCUUCUACAAGGAUCCCUUAAGUUGGUGGAGAAAAAGGAUGACAAAGUAUACCUUUACUAUGAUUCGGUGACCAAAACCCAGUUAUGUGUAUCCAUUCCAAUGAUUCGUGUUGCUUAUGUUGCUAGUUCUAAGGACGCAGUCGUUAAAAUUGUGGAUUAUUACAACCCAACAAACACAGCGACAAGAUCUUAUAAUUCUCUGAUGAUGAAAAGAGUUUCCUUUUGUGACUUCUGCGGACUGAACUGCACUCUUUGUAAAUCGAAUGUGUUGGUAAAGCCCCAACACAGCAACGCUAAUUCACUGUCAUUCCACUUCUUUUUAUUCUUUAUACUAAGCAUAUAUAAUAUUUUGCUGCAUUCAUCAUAUUAAUUUAUGAUUAGCGUUUUCUUUUUGGAAUUUGUUAUAAUCUAACAGUAUAUUUGGUUUAAAAAUAUAUAAAAGCAAUGUUCAACGUUUCAGAAUAUAAAUAAAUGUAUUACUUCAAGAGAAAACACAGUUGUGUUAUGCUUGUAUUCAUUUAUUUAUUAAAUAAAAAGAAUGAGCAAGGAUGCAAUUUAAAUUGCAAGAUACCACUAAAACUGUUGUUAUAUGUAUUUUUUAAAUUAAACAUGGAAGACACAGUUGUUUUCUACAACAAUCUAUUUUGUAAUUUGUUUAUUAAACUUCUGUAGUUUGUUUACUGUGA